CCGACGAUGACUUUCCUCGAUUGAAUUGACUCGUAGCGGGAGCCCGAGUACCUAACAUAAUAAAAAUGCGUCGCCAGUGCGCAGUUGUGGUCUCUCGGUACAGGUCCGAUCUGUAAAGGAAGAUCAUCUUGGUUUCAUUUUAUUGAUUAAAGAUCUUGGGACGUCACAACGGUAUAUACGGUGCUUACAGACAGCCAUGGGAAGUAGCGAGUACUGCUGGUGCAGAUGGACUAGCGUGAUGGGUAAGACAGGAAGAAGAGUCAUCUAUUUCUUACUGCUCGUUUCUUGCACCGCAAUCAUAGGCCAAGAGGUCGAUUCACAGCCACCGAAAUGUCUGUUAGUUACGAGAUGAAUAUCACUUUGAAAAAUUGCCCCGGCAUGUCGAUGGUCGGUAUAAAUGUUUGCAGGGGAUAUUGCGAGAGUAUCGCCUUCCCUACGAAUCCUGAAAUACGUUCAAAGUAUCCACAAGCAUUGAUAACGUCCAAUGGCGGAUGCUGUAGUAUAAAAGAAUAUGUCAAUUUCACAACCACCGUUCCGUGUGGAUCGGAAACAAAGAAGGUCACCUUGCCUUCGGCGACAUCGUGCUGGUGCCAUGAUUGCAUAAAUAGUUAGUUCAUCAAUCACCGUUGAUAUCAUUUUUAACUGUCUUGAAUUUCAACAAAUUCUUAGCUAAUUGCCUCUAAACUUUUUGUUUUUAUUUUUAAUACCGCUUUCGUUUUGUAAAAAUAAAUGUUAUCAAGCAACGUAGACGACAUUUGAAGAAGUUGUUGGAUAAUAAAAAAAAAAAAAAUUUCGUUGAUGUAGAUAAGUACUUAUUGCCAUCAUACUCAUUAAACACAUUACUGCAGGUUGCGAAAGAUGUAUUUAAA